CGGGGGCGCGGGGGCGCUCACCCUACCCGGGCUGACUGCCACGCUCUGGGCGCCGCCCCCCACCUCGCUCCUCCACCUGCAGCCCGAGGGCUCCCCCGGGCCUCAGUUUCUCCUUUGGUCCCAACUACCGAGUGCCUGUAGAGCAGGAGGCCGUGGUCCUCAGUUUCCCCGUCGAUUCCAGCAGCCUCAGCCCUGGCACCCCGCAAUCGCAAGAAUGCAGCCUCAUAGGCCGCGCCGCCACUAGUCUCCCCGAACGCGCAGGCAGGUCCCGGGCCUCGUUCUCCUCCGCCAGACGGCCCGGGAGGACUGAGUUCCCGGACUCGGCCGUAGCCCGCGCGUGGGCCGGCGGGUGGCCUCAGUUUCCCCAUCGGCCUUGGGGCGGGGAGAAAGCGCGGGCGGCCAUGGCAGGUACGUGGGCCGAGCCCGGGGCGCGGGGCGGGCGGGCCUCGGGGCGCGGGGCCGCUGCAGAGUGUCGCUGCCCCGCAGCCCCGGAGCCGCGGUCCCCCGCGGGCGGCGUGGCCGAGGAGGUCCCGGAUGAGGACGAGGACGAGGCGGAGGCCGAGGACCCCGAGCGGCCGGCGGGGCCGGGCGGUGGGCGCGGCGGCGGCGGGGGCGGCGGCGGCGGCUCCGGAGGCGGCGGCGGCGGCGGGGUCGGGCCGGGGGUCUGCGGCGGGCUGGGGGGCGCGCUCACCCGGCGCGCGGUCACGCUGCGGGUGCUGCUCAAGGACGCGCUGCUGGAGCCCGGCGCCGGGGUGCUCUCCAUCUACUACCUGGGGAAGAAGUUCCUUGGGGACUUGCAGCCGGAUGGGAGGAUCGUGUGGCAAGAAACCGGGCAGGUUUUCAAUUCCCCCAGUGCCUGGGCUACCCACUGUAAGAAGUUGGUCAACCCAGCCAAGAAGUCCGGCUGCGGCUGGGCCUCUGUCAAGUACAAGGGCCAGAAACUGGACAAGUACAAGGCCACCUGGCUCCGACGACACCAGCUUCACAUGGCGGUGGCUGCUGCGGAUGAGAGCCCCGCAAGUGAAGGGGAGGAGGAGGAGCUGCUGAUGGAAGAUGACGAUGAGGAGGUUGUGGCAGGGGUCUCAGCAGAGGACAAGAGCCGGAGACCUCAGGGCAAGGGCCUCUCCGAGCCUGCACACCCAGAGGCCACGCCCCCAGGGAAGCGGGUGGAGAGCAAGCUUCGAGUGCCUGUCCGCUACUGUAUGCUGGGCAGUCGUGACUCUGCCAGGAACCCUCACACCUUGGUGGAAGUAACUUCCUUCGCAGCCAUCAACAAGUUCCAGCCGUUCAACGUGGCCAUUUCCAGCAACGUGCUGUUUCUGCUGGAUUUCCACAGCCACCUGACCCGGAGCGAGGUCGUGGGCUACCUCGGGGGCCGCUGGGACAUCAACAGCCAGAGGCUUCCCUGUCACCCUGCAGUGCUUACGGUGCUGAGAGCCUUCCCAUGCAGGAGCCGGCUCGGGGACUUGGACACUGCGGCCAGCACUGAAGAGGAGAUCUAUCAGAGCCUGUUCCUGCGGGGACUGUCACUGGUGGGCUGGUACCACAGCCACCCGCACAGCCCGGCGCUGCCCACGCUGCAGGACAUCGACGCACAGAUGGAGUACCAGCUGCGGCUGCAGGGCUCCAGCAACGGCUUCCAGCCCUGCCUGGCUCUGCUCUGCUCCCCGUACUAUCCUGGCAACCCAGGCCCUGAGUCUAACAUCUCCCCCUUCUGGGUGAUGCCGCCCCCCGAGCAAAGGCCCAGUGACUACGGCAUCCCUAUGGAUGUGGAGAUGGCCUAUAUCCAGGACAGCUUCCUGACCAAUGACAUCCUGCAUGAAAUGAUGCUGCUGGUGGAGUUCUACAAGGGCGCCCCGGACCUUGUGAGCUUCCAGGAGCCCUGGAGCCAGGAGCACAGCUACCUGGACAAGCUGAAGAUCUCCCUGGCCAGCAGGACACCCAAGGACCAGGGCGUGGGCCACGUGCUGGAGCAGGUCUGCAGCGUCCUCAAGCAGAGCAGCUGAGGGCAUGGAUGUGUCCCUGUGACUCAGGCUUGGAUAAUAAAGUGCAAGCAGCCGGCA